AUGGCGCCGUCAACCAACCAGCUUGAAGAAGCUCUGAUCAACGGCACGUACCAUGUGUUCACCGCCGAGCCUGAUGCGACAACGGUAAACAAAGUGCGGAAGCAUGUUGAAGAGUCAAUGGGUCUGGAAGAAGGUUUCUUUACAAGCGACGACUGGAAACAAAAGAGCAAGGCUCUGAUUAAACAAUAUGUUGUAAGCGGCAGCUCCCCGCUCUGCCCGCUUAAUUACGCACGGCGCAACCUGCUAAUUUUAGUUUUCUUCAUUCUUUUUGGGGCACAGGACAAGCUGUUAGAUGGCUGGUUGCCAGAGUCGAAACCGGAGAGACAAUCAGAAAAUAGAACCAAGCGAGACGCUUCUGAGGGAUCCCCGUCAUCCCCAAAGCGACAGAAACACGCCGCCCAGAAUGGCCAGCACACGACGCAAGACGAGGAACCCCACGGAAGCGAUAAAGAGGCGAAAUCAAAAUCGAAAAACGUGACAUCACGUCGCCAGUCUCGGACGGUAGACUCGGCGAAAGAUUCGAGCGACAAUCUAGAGCCACCCCUGCCCAAAAAACGAAAACAGAAAGGCAAUGGUGCAUCAGGAAAAGCACAGAAGGGAUCGCCAUCCAUAGGCGAGGAGGAUGAUUCCAAAGACGAUGCAAUGUCCUCGAUAGAGGUCGAAGUUUCAAACUCUGUCGUGAAUGAAGAGGAAGAGUACUCGGAUGUCAUUGACGAGGGCCCGAAGCCAAAGCGAAAGAAGAAUCAGCGAAGGGACUCAUCGCCAAAACCGGCCAAGCCCAAAGUAAAGAAGACCACCGAGUCAACACCUGAUGAUCCUGAUGAAGCUGAGAUCAAAAAACUUCAAUCACAGCUAGUCAAAUGCGGAAUCAGAAAAUUGUGGCACAAUGAGCUCAAGAAGUACGGAGACGAUGCGAGGGCCAAAAUUCGCCACCUCAAGAAAAUGCUCACAGAAGUCGGUAUGGACGGCCGCUUCUCCGAGGCAAAAGCACGCGAAAUCAGAGAAACAAGAGAACUCUUAGCCGAAGCAGAGGCGGCACAGGAGAUGAAUCGUCUGUGGGGGAUGGGCACAGGCGGCCGGGCGAGUCGAAGUAAGAACAAGUCGACCAAGGUCGAGGAAAGUGGAGGUAGCGAGGCCGAAGAUGCCGGCGGUAAUGGCAGCACAGAUGACAAAGAUGAAGAGGAGGGUACUUCAUUUGCGGCUAGACGCAGACGUGCGCAGGCUGACCUGGCGUUUCUUGGAGAUGACAGCGGAUCUGACGAAUGA